ACACGUGGCUCGUUCAAAAAAAGCAGAAGAACUUAGUUUUUUCCCCCGUUCUUUCGAUGUUAUUAAGAGGCGGUGCCUGCAUAAUCGUAGGCGCCCUGCCAAAGAAUAAUAAUAAAAAUAAACUUUCUCUUUUUUCAUAACAGCCCUCGCCUCACCGAGGUGACGGAAUAAAUAAUUAAGAUCGUUUGAAGAGAGAGGAAACGCGAGUGCGCGCGACCACGGCGAUCUCGUCCAUCAAAUAUCUCAGUAGCUUGGAGUGAUUGGGAGAACACUCCCAGACCCUCCGCUGAGCGACAGUACGGUUCUCUCUCCAAACACUGCCCAUCCGUGCGACGCGAUAAAGGGCUGCCCCUCUGCAACACGGUCGCUCUUUUUCCGUAUACAUCAAAAUGAAUAAGCUCUACAUCGGGAACGUGAGCGAGCAAGCGAGCGCGCUGGACUUGGAAAGUCUCUUUGAGCAGUGGAAGAUACCUUUCAGUGCACCCUUUCUCGUUAAAAGUGGCUACGCGUUUGUGGAUUGCCCCGACGAAAAGGUAGCGAUGAGGGCCAUUGACACUCUUUCAGGGAAAGUGGAACUCCACGGAAAAGUCUUAGAAGUGGAGCACUCUGUCCCUAAACGACAAAGGAGCUGUAAGCUGCAGAUCAGGAAUAUUCCACCUCACAUGCAGUGGGAAGUUCUGGAUGGAUUGUUAGCACAGUAUGGAACAGUGGAGAACUGUGAACAAGUCAACACAGACACCGAGACUGCUGUUGUCAAUGUGCGAUAUGCUGCCAAGGACCAAGCCAGAGAAGCAUUGGACAAAUUAAAUGGCUUCCUAAUGGAGAACUACGCACUAAAGGUUUCCUAUAUCCCAGAUGAGAUGGCAGCAGCUGACCCCCCUCCGAUGGGUGGCAGAGGAGGUUUCAACCCACGCGGACCACCCCGCCAAGGCUCUCCCAAUUUGGGCGCAAGACCUAAACUACAGUCAGAUGUGCCCCUGCGCAUGUUGGUGCCCACACAGUUUGUGGGAGCAAUCAUUGGCAAGGAGGGCGCCACCAUUCGCAAUAUAACCAAGCAAACUCACUCAAAGAUUGAUAUCCACCGUAAGGAGAAUGCAGGGGCAGCAGAAAAGCCCAUCACUAUUCACUCCACACCAGAAGGCUGCAGUUCUGCCUGUCAAAACAUCAUGGAGAUCAUGCAGAAAGAGGCAAUCGACACUAAGAUUACUGAAGAAAUUCCUCUGAAGAUCUUGGCUCAUAAUAAUUUUGUGGGCCGCCUGAUUGGAAAAGAGGGACGCAACUUGAAGAAAAUCGAGCAAGAUACUGACACAAAGAUCACAAUAUCUCCUCUGCAGGAUCUGACCCUGUAUAACCCAGAGCGUACCAUUACUGUUAAGGGUUCAUUAGAGGCUUGUGGAAAAGCAGAAGAAGAAAUCAUGAAGAAAAUCCGCGAAUCCUACGAGAACGAUGUUGCUGCUAUGCAUUUGCAGUCUAAUCUGAUUCCGGGGCUCAAUCUGAAUGCCUUGGGUAUUUUCCCUGGUGCAGGAAGUGGUGGGAUGUCACCCUCUGUGGUUUCAGGACCUCCAGCUGGGGCUCAAGCUGCUUAUCAAUCAUUUGGGUGCAGCGUGUUUGGGGGUGAGGUGCCAUUAUGGGCCUCUGCGCUCUCCUCCAGCAGCAGCCCAGCCUUGUCUCCACAGAUGGAGUCAGAGACUGUGCAUCUCUUCAUUCCUGCUCUGGCAGUUGGUGCUAUUAUCGGCAAGCAGGGCCAGCACAUCAAACAGCUCAGCCGCUUUGCUGGUGCGUCAAUCAAAAUUGCCCCAGCUGAUGGAAUUGACACCAAGCAAAGAAUGGUCAUUAUUUCUGGACCACCAGAGGCACAGUUCAAGGCUCAGGGACGUAUCUUUGGGAAGUUAAAAGAAGAGAACUUCUUUGGACCGAAGGAGGAGGUUAAAUUAGAGGCUCACAUUAAAGUGCCAUCAUUUGCUGCCGGUAGAGUCAUUGGCAAGGGAGGCAAAACGGUUAAUGAAUUGCAGAACUUGACCAGUGCUGAGGUGGUUGUCCCACGGGACCAAACUCCUGAUGAAAAUGACCAAGUAGUAGUAAAAAUCACAGGCCACUUCUAUGCAAGCCAGCUGGCCCAGCGAAAGAUCCAGGAGAUUAUCUCUCAGGUGAGGCGGCAACAGCAGCCCAAAGGCUCGGCCACAGGUCCACCAGUUGCCCGGAGGAAAUAGAGCCACUGUGACUUCUCGGGAGACUAAUGGGAUAUGGGACACACCCAUCUCAGGAGUCAGGGAAUGUCCUUACAACCCCACCCACAUUUGCACCCAUUCCUCUUGAAGUUUCAGUGAGAUUGUGUACACCCGCACAUUUUUUUUCCCCCUAUCAAACAAAAUAUGUGAGUUAAAAAAAAAAAAAAAAAAGGAAAAUGACCCCUCUUGUCGCUGCCUUAAGGUAACUGCACAGUGCUAUAUUGAAAGAUGUUAACUUUUUGUUUCUGGAGUUCGUUGAGAAAUGCAGCAUCGAGUUUCCGGUGUAAAAGGCGUUUCAAGCCUGUUCUUGUGUGCAAGGAAUGGGUGAUAUGGGGGUGGGGUUUAAGGUCUUUGGGUUGAGGUGGGAGACUAUUAUUGUUGGAAGUACGGUGUCCUGGUAUCCAUAGUGGCAUUUUAUAAAUUCUGAUGCAUUUUAUAGAUUAAUAGAGAAAUAUAUGAAAUUAUGGAAGAAGGUGGAGCAACACUGCCACUUGUGACUGAGGGAAGUGUUGAUUGGUUUUGGCCAGGAAACCAAGUUAAUAUGCAUUUUUACCGAUCUACCUCAGGCUAGAGUACCUCAGAAAAAAAAAAGAAAAUGAUAUAUGAAAAAAAAAUCUUUUUUUUUUUUGUUUUUAUUAUUUGCUUUGUGGUAUUUUGUAUACUUUAUAAAGCUAAUAGUUCUUGAACAUUUUUAUUUUUUUAAGAAAAUGUGAAAUUUAUUCUGUAGUUAACAGAUGAAGCCUGAACUCGUUGCGCGUAGGCCUACAAUGAGUAACUGUAUAUAAGUUUAUGCGCCUUUGGUAAGAGUGGAGUUUGGGCUUCUAUGUUAUAGCUACAGAUAGGAGACAGAAAAGAAAAGCACCUCAGUGUCACUGAGGAGCCGCCACCUUCUGAAAUACCGUCAAAGUAAUGAGAACUAUAAUGCCAACUGUACAUACUGCAGCAAUGCCAUUAAAGACAAGCUAAGAAGCUAAUAACUGUUUUGGCGGUAGCAAAAGUUCAAUAUGCAUUUCAUUACACUUCAUCUAGGGUUGGAUGCAAGCAAUAGAGGUCAGGGAUAAUCAGAAUCCUGCUGUAAACCUCUUUGACACCCCCUCAUCCUCAGCGUGACUAGUUGUCUAUCAUAGAAAAAAAAUAAUGGCCUGCCCAAUUGAGGUUGUUUUUUCUUUUCCCGCGGUCAUCGUUUUUUUUUUUUUUUUUGUCUAAAUAAUGCGCUCUAUUACAUCUUGGGACAGGCUUUUUGCCCUCCCAUGUGGAGUUGCAUCAAGCCGGGCUUUACAUGGUGCAGAUAUUCAGUGUUUAAAGUGAUCGUUCACCCAAAAAUAAAAGUUCUCAUCAUUUACUCACCCUCAUGCCAUCCCAGAUGAGUGACUUUUUUUGUUCUUCUGAACCCUUUUUUUUUUUUAAUUUUUAUUUUAUUUUAUUUUUUUAAUAUAGAGUAUCUCAGCUCUGUAGGUCAAUACAAUGCAAGUGAAUGGUGGUCAGAACUUUUAAGGUCCAAAAAGCACACAACGGUUGCAUAAAAGUAAUCCACAUGACUAGUGGUUUUAUGAUAGGUGUGAGUGAGAUACAGAUCAAUAUUUAAGUCCUUUUUUUUUUUUUACUGUAAACCUUUACUUUCCCUUUUACAUUAUUUUGUUUUUGGCGAUUCACAUUAUUUGUGCAUAUUGCCACCUACUGGGCAGGGAGAAUUUAUAGUGAACAAUGACUUAAAUAUUGAUCAGGUGAGUUUAUCACCCACACCUAUCAUAUCGCUUCUGAAGAUAUAGAUUUAACCACUGGAGUAUUAUGGAUUACUUUUAUGCUGCCUUUAUGGGAUUUUUGGCAUUUCAAAGUUCUGGCCACCAUUCACUUGCAUUAUAUGGACCUAUAGAGCUGAGAUAUUCUUCUAAAAAUCUUUUUGUGUUCUGCAAAAGAAAGUCAUGCAUAUGUGAUGGCAUGAGGGAGAGUAAAUGAUGAGAAUUUUCAUUUUGGGGUGAACUAUCCCUUUAACGUCAGUCAAUGCAUGUAAGGGGUCAGGGAGUUGCACUGUUUUGAUGCUUUUGCAUAGAUUACAAUAGUAAAUGGUGCAUCUUUGGGCUAACAAGCAGUAACAAAGAUGGACACGUAAACGGUUUCAUUGAUAUCUUUGUUUAUCAUUCAUAAGUAAAAAAAGCAAAAAAAAUUAUGAACUUGGCGAGAAAAAAAAAAUAGAAUAAAGAAUCUGAGAACCAAUAUUCCUUUGUUUUCAUGCAGAAUGUAAAUAUGAUUUGAUUGUGGUAAAAGAGUGCAUCCAUGCUUCCACACUAGUAAGAACAUUGUCUACCUCAGCUGAGGAAAGGGUGGGUGGCAGGAAAUCCUUCUGUCUCACCUUACGCCUCCAGCGCGCGCAGCGAUACCUCAAGUCCCUCGCGAACACUUCCACACUGGGUAUGCGCAUCGCGCCUGGCGCUGACUGGAGGGGCACAAGUGAUCGUUUAAUUUUUUUUUUUUCCACACUUCUCUUACACCGUUUUUGAUCUACCUCCUAUUAGAAAAGUAUUUAAAUUAGAGGCAUAUUGCUAUAUGUUAGAAUCUAUAGGGUCAUGUCCCACCUGCCUCUUUCCUCACAGAAAAAAAUAUCAUAAAAAGAAAAUCAUGUAUGGCUAGUUGAGUGAGAAAUUGUUUCAUUUUUGCCUGCAAUUUAUUCUCUGCUAACUGAUUUGAAACCUCACCUUAUUGCUUUUUUCUCUCUGCUUCUUGGUUUGGUGGUGUGGCUUUCUUGUAUUGGGCUUUAUUUCAUGCAAAGGUAUUGUAUCAAAGGUCAAAAUGUUUAAUUUGGGAUCUGAUUAAUGAUGGCUAAGAAAAGUUUUUCAAGGGUCUGCUUAAUUUCUUGCUUAAAAUAUGAACAGUUAAGUCUUUAUUUUUUACCCUUUUCAUGUCUUAUGAAUGCUACAGUUUUUCCAAUUUUUGACUGGGUUCUGAUCCAAUUUCAUUUCAUGGAUGUGUUGUGUGGUGAGUCAUGUUUCAGUGAGAAUGUGAUUUGGAAUUCCGAGAUUCUGAAAAGUUCCGGAAAAGUGGUCCGAUUUCAGCAUGAUAAGCAUCAUCCCCUCCAACCGUGCUUGUACGCCUUCACACACCUCCACUUGUCAAAUGCCUCUGAUACAAAGCAAAUAAUUAAAAGUCAAGUUAGCUCCUA